AUGGCAGAAAUAGAAGCAAUACAACCAAAUCAAAUUGAAGCAGCAAGGCAAAUUAAGGCAAAACAACAGAAAAUGAAAGAAUACCAUGACACAGAACUCAGCCCCCACAAUAAUUACAACAAUGACCGAAACAUUCAGGAAUCCCCCCUUCCACCAAUAAAGCAGUUAUUUUCUUUCAGUGACGAUGAGCAAGGAGCCAUUAUUGGACCUCUUCUCAAUUUGGUCGAAAAGGAACUCAAUAAAUUCCUUGUCAAUAAUGAGCACAUAAUUCCUUUCAAUUACAAUGUU